UAUUAUUGGAAAGUUGUGAAAACUUUGGAGCUUAGCAAUGAGCAACAAAAGAAAGUUCUAUACGACAACUAUGGGAAUGCAGAUCCAGAAAAUGUUGUUAAAGUAAAGGCCCUGUAUAACGAGCUUAAUCUUAAGAAGCAAGAAUCUGUUGUUUCUGAAUAUAGGGAUGAGAUUAGCAGAUUGUCCAGUGAUGUGGAAAGCAUCCCAAAGGUUGAGGCUGAUCUUCUGGAAAUGAAAAGGGCGAGGAAUCAGUUAGAACAAUUCUUAAAUGAGAGCAAUAACAUGUUACAGAAAGUGAUGGAGUGUAUUGAUGGUAUCAUUCUUCCUAUUGAACCUGCUUUUGAUGAACCAAUAGAAAAGGUGAAGUGGCUUGCUGAUUAUCUCAAUGAAUGCCAAGAUGCCAAGGUGGUUUUUGGUUCUUUCUACUUCGUGAUACCUCAGGGUUGUGAUCAAGUCAGAGAAAAUGAUAAGAAAACCCCCAGGAUUCAACAUUUGUUUGCUCAAUUAUCUGGCAGGCUAAGAAGAGAAGAAGAUGAGGUAUAUGAAAAAGAAAUCCUAUCAAAUGAUGAAACAAUGAAGAAGUAUCAAAUGAUGAAGACAAUGAAGAAGUAUCAAAUGAUGAAGACAAUGAAGAAGUAUCAAAUGAUGAAGACAAUGAAGAAGUAUCAAAUGAUGAAGACGAUGAAGAAGUAUCAACUGAUGAAGACGAUGAAGAAGUAUCAACUGAUGAAGACAAUGAAGAACUACAAAAUUGAUGAUUAUUAUUCCUAACAUGUUUAUUUUAAUUUUCAGGAAACAUUAAUUAUAUUUCUAAUAUUUAAAGUUUAUAUAAUAAUAUUUUGGUUUAUAUUUAAUGUUUACAUUUAA